AUGGAUGAGAAGCAGCCUUUCCUGGAACCUGCAGCCGGCGACGAGCAGCUGCCCCGGGCUCCAUGUCAAGCUCAACAACUGCGAGCACGACGCACCCGAGGUCUCCUGCUGCUGACCAGCUUCUUGGCCUGCUCCGCCCUCGUGCACUACUCUUGGACUUCUCUGCUGCUCCCUAGCUAUCGUCACCACUGUGCAACCCGCCACCACCACAUCCAGAGCCAGCGGCACAGCUACAAAGGCGAGCAUAUCAGCUGGGAGACAUGCGGCGAGGUAGGCGGCCGGCCCGUCGAGUGCAGCACAAUCACCGUCCCCAUGGACCAGUUCAACGCCACCAAUUCGGGCGACAAGGUCUUUACCGUGCCACUGAUCCGCCUGCGUGGCCACAACGCCACCCAGAACUUGCUUUUGAAUCCCGGCGGGCCCGGCGGGUCUGGCAGCGAAUUUCUAUUCCGAAGAGGAGAACAGCUGCACACCAUAGUCGGGGAGGGUUUCCACCUGCUAUCCUUUGACCCGCGUGGCAUCAACGGCUCUACCCCAAAGGCACUAUGCUACCCCGACCGUGAGACCCGCCGGAAGCUCGAGGCGCCUCCCCCGCUGCGCCUCGUCGAGGACAGCGGAGCAGGUUAUGCCAAUGCGCACAACUUUGUCCGUGCUUGUGCUGAUACCAUGGGCGAGCAUGGCCUGUACAUCAACACGCCCCAGACCGCGGCUGACAUGAACAGCAUACUCGAUGCUGUCGGCCAAAAAGACAUGGUGUACUGGGGUUUCAGCUACGGUACACUCCUAGGACAGACCUACGCUGGCCUGUUCCCGGAGCGAUCUCAUCGUGUCAUCAUUGACGGUGUCGUCAACCAGUUUGACUGGUACCAGGAGCUCGCCAGCACCGAGGAUCUGUCUGACACCAACAAGGUGCUCGAGGGGUUCUUCAGCGAAUGUGUCAAGGCGGGCAAAGAUUGCCCGCUGUUGUCGGUUGCCGACACGGCUGAUGAGCUGUACGACAAGGUCUUGGGCUUGGUUGAUAGCGUCUACGAGGAGCCGCUAAGCGUGUACAUCAACAGCACCCAGUACGGCUUGCUCGACCACGCCAAGAUCCUCUUCGAUGGCAUCUUCCCCGUCCUCUACAAGCCGGCCAACUGGUGGCCCCUUGCGGACAAGCUCGCCAAGCUGCUCCAGGGCAACGCAACUGAGGCGUUUCUGGCCUACGGAGGCGGCGACCCGUUCGCGCUGGAUGGCGACGCCCUGGCGUUCGUAACAAACAAUGACAUGCCGUCUGGCCCCAAACACUGGCCCCAGGACCGCGAAUCGGCGAUGGACAUCAUCGCGCCGGUCUUCAACUCGAGCCUCUUCGGCCCGGCCAUGUACAGCGGCUUCUUCGCAGAGCAGCAGUGGCGGAUCCCGCAGACGCACACGUAUGUCCCGCGCCGAGGCGUCGAGACCGCCCACCCGCUGCUGAUUCUCUCCACCACCUAUGACCCCGUCUGCCCGCUUGUGUCUGCGCGGUCGGCCAACGACGCGUUUGCGCGCUCGCGCAUUGUCGAGGUCAAAGGAUAUGGCCACUGCUCCGUGGCUGUGACGUCGACGUGCCUUGCCAAGCAUGUGAGGGCGUUUCUGUACAACGGAACGCUGCCUGAGGGGUACACGCAGUGUGAGGUUGAUGGGCCUUAUUUUGUCAAGCCCGGCGACGACGGGAAGGCCGUGGCUGCGCUGAGGGAGUUCGAUGACCCCGAGGAGGCAAAAAUUCAUUUGGCGCAGCUGCAGCUUGCGAGAGAUCCCGACUGGCCAGUAUGGCCACGGUGGUGA